AUGUUAAUUUUAUUGAUAAUUGAAUCAAUAUUCCUUGUUGCAUAUUUAUGGUAUGUAAUACAUAGUCAUGCUUCCAAACAAGUUACUUUUUAUGUUAAAACCUUAACAUUAAUCUCUUGGUUGAUUUCAUUUAGUUUGAUAAUAAUCUUACCAUUAGAUAUCUACAAAGUAAAUUUUGAUUAAUAAUUAGAAUGAAUAAGAUUUAAAAGAUACUCAAAUAGAAGUUAUUUGGAUUGUUUUAUAUUGGCUAACAUUUUUAUUAACAUGGUAAAAAUAAUUAUAUUCUAUAUUUCAGGAUUUUUCUUCCCAUUACUUUGGACUACGAAGAUGCAGGAGAGUUUACUUUCAAAUAGAAACUUUUUAAAGCAAUAAAGAUAAAUUUUUAAAUUUAUGCAAUUUUUGGAGUUUUAGGGAUAGCUUUUACGAUAUAUUUACUUGUUGAAAAAUAAUUUACAUUUUAAGCCCUUCUGGCCUUAACAGUGGUUUUAAGUAAUGCUUUGUAAUAAAUUGAUUAAUAUGUAGAGGUCUAUUAAUUGUUACAUUUCUUUUAGGAUAUGCUAUAGUUGCUAUUCCAAAAUAAUUUUUUAGGGAAAGCAACCAUUAAAUUUAACUAAAUUUAAAAUAUCAUUCAAUUAACAAAACUAAAUUGUUACUUGAAUAGGAAUCAUUAGAUUUAGAUGAAAUUCUAAUAGAAAUCUUAUCAUAUGAAUCAAAAUACAAAAAUAAUGAAGAAUAUCAACCUUAUAUUUAAUAAAUACUCUAAUUAUUUACCAAAGAAUAAAUUGAGAUGGCAAAAUUGUAUCGUUUGAGGAACAAUAACAGUAAUUAAUUAGAAGAUCUGAAUAUUGAUAAAUUAUCUGAAAUUCAUAAACGAUCUAAGGAAUUAACUUAUGAUUAUGUUAGAAAAUCUAAGAAAUUAGAAAUUUUGACAAAAUAAGCUUUAUUUAUUGAAGAUAUUAUUAAUUGUGAUCAUCGAGAGAAGAAAAUUUCAUCUGCAGCAAGACCUGAAAGGGUAGGUUGUUUUGGAAAAUUUAUUGAUAAAUUUUAAUACUAUUGGUACGUAAAGUUUUGGAAAAUAAUUAUGUACAGCACUGCUAUUGUUUUUAUAAUUCUUGGAAGUUUAAUUACAUUAUCUGAAAUAGCAAUUUUCGGAAAUCUCAAGUUUAAUGUAUUUAUCUACUUUAUAAAUGAUAAUGAAGAAUUUUUUGCAGUAUAAAUAUUAGUAUUAAUUCCUCUACUUUAUGUAUUAUAUUGUAUUUAGUAUGGGCUUCUAAAUAUAAGAUUUAAUCGAUUUGGAUUUUAUGAUUAUGGUUAUACAGAUGCUCCAUCCUUACUUUUUUCAGCAACUUUUGUAUCUAGAAUUGCCUUCCCAUUAGCUUUUAAUUUUUUUUGGAUGUUUAAUGAAUCUGAUGCAGAUAUUGCAAAUGUUGUGGGAAAUUUCAAUUUUGAUCAGUAUUUAAGUAUUCUAUUAAUAAUAUUUGAAUAGCCGAAUUUAAAUUGGCAUUUCCAAUUUUAUUAGUGAUCUUGAUUAUUUGUAACAUAUUUGAUAUUUACGAUAAAUUAUUAGGAGCUUUAGGAUUCGAAAGAUUUUAAUUUGAAAUAGGAUUUGCAGAUGAACACACAGAAGAGGGUUAAGAAUAUGUAUAAAAAUUCAGAUUGGAAUUAUCAAAUAGCUAAAUUCCUCAAAAUAUAAAUUAAGAUAUGAAGCAACCUUUUUUAUGA